AAAAAUAGAAAAAACAAUCACAUUAUUCUGCGGUAUUGGCUUGUUUUAGAGUAAGAAGUAGAAUAGAAUGGGGAACACGUUUUGCUUCUUCUGUGGUUGCAUUGGUCAAGCCAGCGUCGGUGUGGUGGAGCACUGGGGUCGCUUCCACCGUGUAGCGCAACCCGGCUUCCACUUCUUCAACCCCCUCGCCGGCGAAUGCCUCGCCGGCGUCCUCUCCACCCGCAUCGCCUCCCUCGACGUCCGCAUCGAAACCAAAACCAAGGAUAACGUGUUUGUGCAGUUGCUAUGUUCGAUUCAAUACAGGGUUGUUAAGGAGAACGCUGAUGAUGCUUUCUAUGAGUUGCAGAAUCCGCAGGAACAGAUCCAGGCUUAUGUUUUUGAUGUGACUCGUGCUAUUGUUCCAAGGAUGAAUUUGGAUGACUUGUUUGAGCAGAAGGGUGAGGUUGCCAAAGCUGUGUUGGAGGAACUUCAUAAGGUGAUGGGAGAAUAUGGAUAUAGCAUUGAGCACAUACUGAUGGUUGAUAUUAUACCUGAUCCUUCUGUGCGUAAGGCAAUGAAUGAAAUUAAUGCAGCUCAAAGGAUGCUACUUGCUAGUGAAUUCAAAGGAGAUGCUGAAAAGGUGCUUCUAGUGAAGAAGGCAGAAGCUGAAGCUGAAGCCAAGUAUUUGGGCGGGGUUGGUGUGGCCAGGCAGCGACAAGCUAUCACAGAUGGCCUGAGAGAGAACAUCUUGAAUUUUUCUGGCAAGGUAGAAGGCACUUCUGCUAAGGAAGUGAUGGAUCUUAUCAUGGUUACUCAGUACUUUGACACAAUCAAAGACCUUGGGAACUCAUCAAAGAAUACCACAAUUUUCAUCCCCCAUGGACCUGGCCACGUUAGGGAUAUUGGUGACCAGAUACGCAAUGGAGUGAUGGAAGCAGCCAGUGCUCAAGUUAUCGAGUGAUUUUGUAACGCUGUCUCUAUCUAUGUUGCCCAUCUGACUCUCUUUCUCAUGCACACACACUCAAACACACAUUUAUAGUAGUAUACGGAUAAGUAUUAUGUUUCUGCUUAAUUUUGAAGAAGAGAAGUUUUUGAGCAGUUGGGAGUUGUAAUUAAAGAUUGAGUCUUGCUAUACAAUCUUUGUAGUCAUUCUACACGUUCAUUGUCAUUUAGAUGAUGAGACAAUGCAAAAGGUGAUCUGCAAUCUGCUUUAUAGGAAGUUGUUUUUCUGAAGGAAAAAACAUAUUGUUUUAA